AUAUCCAUGAUAGAUAAACUUAUUGUACAUAUCUUCAAUAUUAAUAACAAGAAAAAUCUAGAAAAUUCAAAUACAUUUUAUCCCAUAUAACAUUAUUAUUGUGCGAUCUGUGUUAAUUUAUUUCACGAUGUCAGAAAGUAAAAACGAUAAAUCAAAGAUUGAUUUAGGAUUAUUAGAAGAGGAUGAUGAAUUUGAAGAAUUUCCUGCAGAAGAUUGGACUGCAGUAGAUGAAGACAACGAGGAUAUUAGUGUCUGGGAAGAUAAUUGGGAUGAUGAUGAUGUAGAAGAUGAUUUUAAUCAACAAUUAAGAGCACAAUUAGAGAAACAAAAGGCUCAAAACAAAGGAAAGGAAUCAUAAUGAAAUUAUAAAUUAUGUUAUUAUUCAUAAAUAUAUAUUAACUUAUUAAGAUUUCAUACA